GCUCACUCCCUCGUCUCAUUACUAGUUUACUAAUUACUACCCCUUCACCUCUCUGUCUCCUCACUGCAGUCUCAAGUGUACGCUUUCCACUGCUCUCUGCAGAUCUCAUUCUCUUUCUUCGGAACCUUCCAGAAAUGCAGCCUCUCCGGCCGGCGAAUCUUGCGGCCCUAGCGGCAGCGCUACUCCUCUUAGCCGCCGCCACAACCCAUGCACACAACAUUACCCGCAUUUUGGAGAAGCACCCCGACUUCUCCACCUUUAACAAGUACCUAACACUAACUCACCUUGCGCCGGAGAUCAACCGGCGAAUCACCAUAACCGUGUGCGCCAUCGACAACACCGCCAUGAACGAGCUGCUCUCGAAGCACCCUUCCAUCUACACUCUGAAGAACAUCCUGUCCCUCCACGUCCUCCUCGACUACUUCGGCGCCAAGAAGCUCCACCAGAUCACCAACGGCACCGCCCUCGCCGCCACCAUGUUUCAGGCCACCGGAACCGCCCCCGGCUCCACGGGAUUCGUCAACAUCACCGACCUCCGCGGCCUUCUGAAGGCAUUCCUACCAAAGUAUAAGAACCUAACUGCAGCUGGGAAGGCGUCGUUGCUGGAGUACCAUGCUACGCCUGUUUAUGAGAGCAUGGCUAUGUUGAAGUCAAACAAUGGUUUGAUGAACACGCUUGCUACCGAUGGAGCCAGCAAGUUCGACUUCACCGUGCAGAAUGACGGUGAUCAAGUCACGCUCAAGACCAAGAUUGUUACUGCCAAGAUCACUGGCACGCUCAUUGACGAAGACCCGCUCGCGAUCUACACCAUUGAUAAGGUUCUGCUUCCCAGGGAGCUUUUCAAGGCCCUGGCUCCGUCUCCUUCGCCCUCGCCCGCUCCGGAACCAGCCGCCGCCGACGCUCCUGCAUCCCCGAAGAAAGGGGGAAAGAAGAAGAAGCAGAAGGCAGCCGACGCGCCGGCAGAUGAGGAAUCAGCGCCUGCGGAUUCGCCCAGUGAUGCCGCCGAUGAGAGCGCUGACGACGGUAACGGCGCCGUUAGGUUUGACGGCGUCAGGUACGGUAACGUCAUCUUCGUGGUUAUGGCUUUGUGCUUUGGGUUUUCAUUGCUGUAAACUGUGAGUUCUGUAAUAAAAAGACAAAAAAAAAAAAAGACAAAAAAAAAGUUUCUUAAAUUAUAUGUGUUGCUUUAAUAUUUUUCUUACAAGAAAAAGAGAAAUUUUUAGUCAUUUUUUAUUAUAGUUAGGAAAUAAAGGGAAUUUGAAAUGCUGUUUCCUUUAUUACUGUAUUUUUAUUCGGUGUCUUUUGUAGUGCGUGUAUUUUUAGCUGAUUAUUACCAUUGUAGUUUUCUAUUUGUUGCUGAUGUAAUUUAUUUUUGGUGGUGUGUGAUUUGAAUGUAAGCGAAUGCGUAAGUGAGCUUGUGAAGCUGAAAAUUGAGUUUAUGUACCCAUUCAAUUUUAUAGCUUACUUUGUCAUAUUGAGACA